CUCCGGGUCGGAUUUUUCGGGCAGGCAGCAGCAGGUCUCCGCUUGCGGUUUAGUGCAAACAUGGGGGACAUUGUCCUGCCGCGGCGUAUGUUCCUCUGGUGUAUGUCGGUUAUUUACAUGUGUGCUUUUGUUUCCCUCUACGUCCAAGUUCCAGGUCUCUAUGGUAAUGAGGGCCUGCUACCUGCACGGUGGCAGCUGCGAUACAGCGGUAAGCCUCUAGGAGAGCAGCUGCUGUCCUCGCCCACGCUGCUGUGGCUUGCACCUAAGCUGGGCCUGGACACGCACACCGCCAUAGAGCUGCUGUGCCUCAUCGGAGCCGCGCUGAGCAUCGCUGCCACACUGGUGGCAGCUCUCCGAGAUGCAGUGGUGUUCUUGUGCCUCUGGGUGUUGUACCUGUCCUUGUACCAGGUGGGACAAGUGUUUCUCUACUUCCAGUGGGACAACCUGCUUCUUGAGACCGGCUUCCUCUGCAUCCUUGUUGCUCCACUGACAUUAAUCAGGGGGUCACGAGAGGUCAGGAAGCAUGAUCGCAUGACCUUCUGGUUAAUCCGCUGGCUGCUCUUCAGGCUCAUGUUUGCCUCAGGAGUGGUGAAACUCACAUCACGUUGCCCCACUUGGUGGGGUCUUACAGCUUUGACGUACCACUAUGAGACCCAGUGUAUCCCCACCCCGCUGGCCUGGUUUGCCCACCAGUUGCCAGUGUGGUUGCAGAAGUUGGGUGUGGUGGCAACCUUUGUUAUUGAGAUUCCCGUGCCUUUGCUUUUCUUCAGCCCUCUGCGAAGGCUCCGCCUCGGGGCUUUUUACAUGCAGGUGCUACUGCAAGUUCUUAUUAUUUUGACUGGUAACUACAACUUCUUCAACCUGCUGACACUGACCCUCUGUCUAUCUCUACUGGAUGAUCAACACAUCGAGUUUUGGCUGCGCAAGGCAGAAAAGACAAAUGACGACUCCAGGCUGAGGUUGUGGCUGUGUUACCUGCUGGAGCUGGUCGUCUGGUCUCUCAUGAUCUUUGGAACUACUUUAUGUUUUGACCUGCAAGUAGACAUAAAAAUCAAAGGUGUCUUCUCCACGACAGUGAUCACAUACCAUCAGUUUAACCAGUUUCUGAAGACUGUCACUCUGCCUUGUGUCUGGAUUGGGGUCCUCUCUCUCACUUGGGAAGUGGUCACAGCAAUGUUCAGGUGGGCGUGUGUGUCUGGAUUCCUGCAAAGACUUUGGGGAACUGUCCAGUGGACUUUCUUUGCUGCUGCCACUGCUGCAAUGUUCACUAUCAGCCUGGUGCCGUUCACCUAUAUAGAGUACGACUCUCAUUCCCGUUUGUGGCCAGGAGUGCGUCAGGCCUAUGCGUUGGUGGAUCAGUACCAACUGGUCAACUCGUAUGGCCUGUUCAGGAGAAUGACCGGUGUUGGUGGACGGCCAGAAGUUGUUAUUGAGGGAAGCAAUGAUGGAGUCACAUGGACGGAGAUUGAUUUUAUGUACAAACCAGGCAAUCUAACUGCGUCUCCUCCGGUGGUGACGCCCCACCAGCCGCGGUUGGAUUGGCAGAUGUGGUUUGCUGCACUCGGGGAUCACACACAGGCUCCGUGGUUCACCAGCCUCAUCCACAGGCUCCUACAGGGCAAGAGAGACGUGAUAGAACUGAUCCAGACGGAUGUAUCUCGGUAUCCAUUCCACCAGCAACCUCCAGUCUAUCUCCGGGCUCACCGCUACAGAUACUGGUUCACUCAACCAAAGGCUGAUGGCUCAUAUCCACAGCGUUGGUGGCGGAGGGUGUAUGAUGGGGAAUUCUAUCCCGUUGUCCAAAUGGGGAACUCCUUCCUGGAGAACAUGCUGACCCAGUUUGGACUAAAGGACCGAUAUCCUCCACGUCGUUUGUCUAAGAACAUGGUGGCGCAGGCCGUGAGGUGGGUGCGCUCCCAGGUCAGGGGUGUUCCUGCCCCCAUGCUACUCUGGACCCUCAUAGCCUGUAGCACCACCUUCUGUCUGUUCCAAAUAUUUCGAAGCAAGAGUGCAAAAAGGGAAAAACCAAGGACCCAAGCAGCACAUAAUGCUCCUUUGACUGUUAGCGAUUCCACAGAAAACGGACCAGAUGGCUCAUCAGAGAAAGUUGAGCCUUCAGAAAAACAGCAGGAGGAGAAAGAGGAGAUUGAAGAUGAGGCCCAGGAGGGUGAAGGAGACAAAGACACUGGUAGUGAUGAAGAGCAUGAGAUGCAAGAGGAGAAUGAUGAGCCGCAGAAAGAUUGAAUAGAUGUAGACAAUCAAUUUUCUGAUAUGCUGCUAAAGAGGGUUUUUAUUAUAAUUCCAUUUGUUCACUCUCUCACUCACGCUUUGCUGCAGCAUGUUGUUCAGUUGUCCACACUGGCAGCCAAAAGUGGCUUCAUAUCAUCACAUUUUGACCACAUUAAAACCUGGUUUUGAUGUGCAGUGGAAUCCAGUAAACAACCAAGUCACAGCCAGUCGAAGUAGAGAGGGGGGUACAACUAACUGUAUGAGGCAGUUAUGGGGUUUUUUCCCCCCCUCGUGUCUAUGAGCUUCCCUUCAUAUGUUUAUCUUGAGUAGUAGCGUGUGUGAGAGAGAUGGACAUUUUUGCCACUGCAUUUGUUUCUCAUUGACGUAAAUUAGUUAAAACAACUUUGCACUUUUUACACAUUUUUUUCAUAUGUAUUAUUAGAAAUGACACAUCACACACACAUCAGUUUGAAAUAUUUGUAUAAUUGAAAUAUCAUGAAAUAAAAUUGAAUUUUUUUUAUUUAA